AUGAUGCGCAUAGCUAUUGCCGGAGGUACUGGUCUUGGGUACCUCCUGGCGAGCCAACUUUCCCAAGCAGCCUACGCUUAUCAAGUUGUCGUUCUAUCACGUUCUGAACACCCUGAGUAUGCAGGACUUGAUGUUCAAGUCACAGCUGUAGACUACGAUAAUGAAGAUGACCUCUCAUUCGCACUUCAAGGAGUGAAUCUUGUUAUAUGCACAUUCUCGGGGAAUGAACAACUCAACCUAAUCAACGCAGCCGCCCAGAAUGGCGUGCAGUUCUUUGUCCCUUCCGAAUUCGAAGGCUCGAUUGACAAACGUCCCGACAAUGAUCAACUCUACCCCUAUUCCUACUCGACCGAAGCGAGACAACUUUUGAGACGCUGGGCAAGGUCAUCCCAGAUGAAGUGGACCGUAUUCUCCUGCGGUAUCUUCAUGGAGAGAUUUCUUCCCGGCGGACUCGGAAGUAUGUUUAUUGGCUACCGUUCCGAGUUGGCCAUGGCUGGAUCUUACCUAGUUAACACAAGCGCGUACACUGCCGAGUGCGUAGAGAAAAACGCCCGAGGACAUACAGUUAGAGUAUGCAUGACAUCUGUCUACGACGUGGCUCAGUUCGUGGUCGCAGCUAUUGUCCUGGGGCCGGCGAGCUGGCCUCGAGAAUUGUCCAUGCGAGGAGACCGAUUGUCGGUUCGCGAUGUCGUUGGACAAUGCUCGAGGGCUUUGAAUGCCCCUUUUCAGCUUUCCCAGUGGCAGGCCGCAGAUCCUGAUCGACUUGCUACUUCGUCUUACCAGGAGGGCGAUUAUGCAAAAUACCUAUUCUAUCGACAGCUCCAGGCGACUGUCGAAGGAAGAUAUGAUUUUAGUCAGGCAUCUCUAAACGAUCUUGUCAAUGCAAGUUCGCGAGUCAAUGUUCAGCCCCAAAGUUUUCGCCAGUGGUUGAGUGCCAACUUUUAA